UAUAUAAUGUGCCCCAAAAAGCGUUUUCAAGCGUAAUUGUGCCCCCAGUAAAAUUGCCUGUGUUCUUGGCAUUUUACCAUCCUCUACUGAAGGGAGACAGUCCCUCAAAUAUUUUUAUUGUCUUUGAAAUAGUAAAAAAACAUGGCUUUUGUUUUCUCGCGUUAUGAACUACAUAAAUAAAUAAAACGCCUCGCAACACCCAGAAUUGUCAAAAACGCACAAAAGCUACCGUGUUGUACAUUACUGUAUUGUUUUUUCGGCGCUAUUUGGUAUAAAUGUUCACAUCCCGGAUAGAUAUCUCAUCUCUAUUUUUGCGUCCUUUAUUCUUAUAUUGCAAUGUUGUUUGUCCAAGCAUCCCUGCAAGAUGAUCGUUUCCCAAAUACAUGCGACAAUAAAACUUUAAACUUUUUGAAUAAAGGACAUGGAAGCGCAGGGACUUGCAGAGGGGAGGUGAUGGUGCACCUGUCCAUCGACGAAAAGUCUGUGCAGGACACUGUGGAAGUGUUUAGUUUUUAUGUCAAUUAUGUGAUACCGUUAUAUGGAGGCGCAAAGAGUUAAACCAAAGGAGUCACCCAGCCACAUUGCACAUGGAACACGGGGGCGGGGCAAGCGGCAGUACCCGGAUGCGGAUGUUGAUGACGUCUGGUGUCGCUGUUCUGCGGUAGUGGCAGCUGGGAAGAGACACGACCAGGGUUGGGGGUCCGGUACCUGGACUGGGCCGAGGGAGCUGCGAUUGCCAAACGUCUUGCGCGAAGGCAGCACCGUAAGAAGACAAAAUACUCUCAUCAGGGUCAACGCUAUUGUGUUUUUUUUGUUUUUUGUCUUUUUCUUUUGUUAUCCUAACAUAAGGCUAAAAUGUGUAAAAGAUAGCCAGAAAAAGGAGGAAAUAAUAGACAAUAAUAAGGUGACUUAAACUAGUGAUCUCUCAGGCUGUACAAUGGGUAGAAGUCCUGAUGAUAGAUAAAAUAAAGGGACGCGUCUCUCGGUGGAUAACGGCGGCUAGAGGGCUGGGCAGGCUGCACGAAGGGGGAGCAUUAUCUGAGGUUAGCUAGCUAACAGCUCCGAGUAGGACAGCUGGAAACCGGACGUUUACAGGCGAGAUAUCUGGCCAAAGUACACAAAAAGAUGGGAUUGUGUAUAGGCGAGCGUAAACGUGUGCCGUCCGCUUAGGUGGAGCGGCGCCUUUCUGGCGUUUGUUCAGUCCCGGACGCCGGCGGAAAGGCAGAGAGAUAACGGGAUCAGGAGCGAUUAGCUCGCUUACUAUGGGGCUGCUGGGUCGGUAACGGCGGACUGUCAUUAGCUGGUCGUGUGCCGACGUGUCACACAUUAACGGAUCGGGCUUCGGAGUCACGCUGGGUGUGAUCCAGACUCGCAGUUUCGGUCUGCCUGUGCCAGGUGAACCCUGAUAACUUCACAAAAGACUGACACGAGAGGCCACCCCGUAUGUCACUUGCGUUUGUAUCUGAGGAUGUAAAUUAUUCAGUGUUUUGUUUAGUGUGUUUGAUUUUUUUUAACGGUAUUUUGACAUGGGCAUUUGGAAUAAAAGCUGCUGUAACUUUCGGUAAUAGUGGACGUGCUGGUUGUGAAAAUCCGGAUUUCCACCUAAUAGACGAGCACGCUUCCGAUCAGUGAGCAGUGCUGAUAUCGCAAGUGAAAUCUGAGUAAUGUUUCAGUGUGUCAGAGAUGCCAGCUGGGAGCCCACCUGCUGAUGUUCCCUGCCUUCACCUACCGAAGAAACCGUUUCAGGAUUUAAUCGGAAGGCGUGAUCAGUGUAUAGGUCUUUGCUGGAGUUCCCCUGAGUUCGGGUCUCAAACUGUCAGGUUUGUGUAAUUGCCCCAGUGAAAGACGCUCAGUCUCCAUGUGAUGCCUGUCAGGGGCUCUUGCUGACUAAGUGGCAGGUUCUCAGUCAUGUGGACUAUGCAGCCCCUUCGCCCAGUGGUGGGGGCGCCUCUCCUGCUCCUGCUGCUGGGGACCAUCUUUCGGCUGGUGCUGACCAUGCAGCGAGAGGAGCGACACAGACUCAGGAAUCAGGUGGUGGAGAUGUUUGACCACGCUUAUCAGAACUACAUGGACCAUGCUUACCCGGCGGAUGAGCUGAUGCCCCUUACCUGCCGGGGCCGUGUGCGGGGACUGGAGCCGAGCCGCGGGGACGUGGACGACGCGCUGGGAAAGUUCUCCCUCACCCUCAUCGACACUCUCGACACUCUGGCGCUCCUGAACAAGACGGCUGAGUUUGAGGAGGCAGUCCGGAAGGUUCUGAGUGACGUGCGGCUGGACAACGAUGUCGUGGUAUCCGUAUUCGAGACCAACAUCCGUGUGCUGGGAGGGCUGCUGGGGGGGCACUCCAUGGCCGUGCUGCUGAAGGAGGGCGGGCAGCACAUGCUUUGGUACGAGGAUGAGCUGCUGGACAUGGCCAAGGACCUGGGAGAGCGGCUGCUUCCUGCUUUCAACACCAGCAGCGGACUGCCGUACCCCAGGGUGAAUUUACGGCAUGGUGUGAGGGGUCCUGAAACUCGAACGGGCACCGAAACGGACACCUGCACUGCCUGUGCCGGCACUAUCAUCCUGGAAUUCGCAGCCCUGAGCCGUUUCACUGGGGACCCCAUAUUUGAGACUCACGCGAGACGAGCUCUGGACUUCCUGUGGGAGAAGAGGCAGAGGAACAGCAACUUGGUGGGAACCACCAUCAACAUCCACUCUGGAGAGUGGGUGCGCCGAGACAGCGGCGUGGGGGCCGGGGUCGACUCCUACUAUGAGUAUCUGCUGAAGGCCUACAUCCUCCUGGGGGACGACCUAUUCCUGCAGCGCUUCAACAUCCACUACGCAUCCAUCAUGAAGUACAUCAGCCAGCCGCCGCUGCUGCUGGACGUGCACAUCCACAAACCGCUGCUCCCCGCUCGCACCUGGAUGGACUCGCUGCUGGCUUUCUUCCCGGGGCUCCAGGUGUUGAAGGGCGACAUUCGUCCAGCGAUAGAGACCCAUGAGAUGCUGUAUCAAGUCACCAAGAAGCACAACUUCCUGCCUGAGGCUUUCACCACAGACUUCCGGGUGCACUGGGCCCAGCACCCGCUGCGGCCCGAGUUUGCGGAGAGCACCUACUUCCUGUUUAAGGCCACCCGGGACCCGUACUACCUGGAGGUGGGCCGCACCGUGCUGGAGAACCUGAACCGCUUUGCCCGCGUCCCCUGCGGCUUCGCAGCCAUGAAGGACGUCCGCACAGGGAGCCACGAGGAUCGCAUGGAUUCCUUCUUCCUGGCGGAGAUGUUUAAGUACCUCUUCCUCCUCUUCGCCGACCCAGAGGACCUGCCCUUCGACGUGGAGGACUACGUCUUUACCACAGAGGCUCACCUGCUGCCCCUGUCACUGUCCACUGCCCAGCGCUCGCGCUCCCUCACUGUCGCCAACACCACGUCCUGGGAAGAGCUCGACGAUUCCAACUUUGACUGGUCUUGCCCCAACACCCGCCUGCUGUUCCCUGACCCCGCCUUCCCCCGCAGCCUGCGGGAGCCAAUCAGGAGUGCCGUGGACAAGAGCUGUCCCCGCCCCGCCUCACGCAGCGAGCCAGGCCUGGGUCGCCCCCCCCUGCGUGCUCGGGACUUUAUGGCCAACAACCCCGAGCAUCUGGAGCUGUUACGUCGUAUGGGAGUGAGUCUGAUCCACCUGAAGGACGGGAGGGUGCAGCUUGUGCAGCACGCCACUCAGGCAGUCAGUGCCGUGGCUGCUGAGGACGGCCUACGCUUCAUGCAGGAAAUGAUGGAGCUGUCUAGCCAGCAGCAGAAAGAGCAGCUGCCACCCCGCGCCGUGCAGAUCGUCUCCCACCCCUUCUUCGGCAGAGUGGUGCUGACCGCCGGCCCGGCACAAUUUGGGAUGGACCUGUCCAAGAGCAGCACGGGGGUUCGCGGCUUUGCGGCUGUGGCCGAGCCGUACAGCGGUUGCACGGAGCUCACUAACGCCGCCCUGGUGGAGGGCCGUAUAGCACUGCUGCAGCGCGGACAGUGCAUGUUUGCAGAGAAGGCCCGCCACAUCCAGAAGGCGGGGGCCAUCGGAGGGAUCGUCAUCGACGACAACGAGGGCAGCAGCAGCGACACGGCGCCCCUCUUCCAGAUGGCGGGGGAUGGCCGCAGCACCGAUGACAUCACCCUGCCCCUCCUCUUCCUCUUCCACAAGGAGGGAAACAUCCUGCAGGAGGCGCUGCAGGAGUACAAGGAACUGGAGGUGCUGCUGAGCGACAAGGCCAGGGACCGAGACGCCAUAUUUAAGGGCCGUCCCCCCCCCAGCUCCCUCCUGGAGAGCACAGAAGGGGAGGAGGACUGCUCCCCUGAGGAGGACCUGCGAGCUUCCCCCAGUCCCUCCUCAUCUCCGGAAGAGCAACAGCCCUCGAGGAGCACGGAGGAGCAGGCAGAGCCGGAGGCGGACAAGACGAAGCGGGAGGCCGAGGCCGAGGACACGGCGGAGGCAGAGGUGGACGGAGACUCCGCCCAGUCGAUGGAGGCCCUCCUAGCGGACUGGAAGGAGGACCUGGAGGCGUUCCAGCAGAUGGAGAAGGACGAGCUCUGACAGCCGCCCACAUUGCCACCAUCGCUGCCCCUGACAGCCCUCCCCCCCGCACUGGACUCAGGUGUGCCAGAGGCCACCGAUGACCAAAACAAAACACCAUGCCCCCCCCCCCCCGGAGGGAGGCAGACAGGGGAGAACCAUAUAAGACUGGCCGCCCUGGCAGACCCUGACUCCGGGCCGACUCAAAUUCCCCUCCAGCUCCAGGUCACUUACACCCCCUCCCCGCUCGCUGCUGAUCAGUCUGUGCCCAGUCUGUGCCCAGUCUGCCUUGGACCCCUCACAUGGACGAGCCCGGGACCGUGACGUCCACGGCAUGCCUCCAUCACUGAUUGUUUUGUUUUCCUCAUGAGUUUUGUUGGUCUUCCUUCAUUUGAAAGCGUUUUUUGGGGGUUUGCAAAGCCACGGGUUUUUGAUUUGAUUGACUGACUGUAAUGAGUUUUUUUUUUUUUUUUAUCUGAAAAAUGUAUUUGAUUUGGAACUGAUGCUUCACUGUUCGAUUUGAGUGACUACAGUACAAUGCAGCUCUGGUGCAAAGAAUCAGAAAUGCAGCCUUCUCAAGACUUCUGUAUAAUUACCUAAUCAUGUAUAAACUUGUAUGUAUGUAAAUGUGUAUGUAUUUUUGAAAGAACUGGAAAGAUGUCGCUGGUGGGCUGUAUGUCCACUUGGUCAAUUUGCAUAUGGAUUAGCCUGAGCUCAAGUCCAAAUUGUCUUAUCAGCCCAGCUCUGUCCCACGAAACGGCAUGUGAAAGGGAGAUGGGCGCAUAGUGAGCCGUCCACCAGAUGGCGCCAUUGCAUUAAUAACCUGAAUUAAAUUUAUUGACUGACCAGAAAAUGGACCAUUCUUGUUUAUUAAAGUUAUUAAUAAAAUUUCAAAUUUUA